UCAAGUAUAGGUGUUGUCCUCUCACUGUUUAUAAUCAGGGAUCGGAAUGAAGCCUAAAUCAUCAGUAAUUCUGCAGCGUAUUUGUUUGCUCACCGCUCUGGUAUUGGUGGUUUUCUUGAUUCCCAGUCUACUAAUUACAAUUUGGUAUGUUAUGGCUACUCGAGCUGAGCACACCAUUGAGAAGGUCUUUGAGAGCUUUCAAAAUGGUUCAUUAUCAGAAAUUAGAACUAUAGAAAGAUCAUUUCACCUAUUUAAUUCUUCAGCUUUGGAUUUGGCUAGAGUGCUAACUGCGUCACUCAAUGGGACCGAUUUUUCGUUUUCCACAGUUGAGACUAAGGUGGCACCUAGCCUGUUUUUAGCAUUUUCAACAAUUCCAAACUUAUCUCAAAUUUCAUACAUUGGAAGAGAUGGUCUUGUAUUCUCAUAUCUCCAUGAUGGCAAUCAAACUCUCGCCAUUUAUUCUAACAUUUCACAUAGUUCAACUGUGGUUACUCCAAAUGCUGCAGUCACAAGCUGGUAUAGGCAACCUGUAAAUAGUUACACUGGGAAGCGAUAUGGAGAAGCAAAGUGUAUGAAUUCAGUGGUCAAUGUUAAUGGAAGUUGGUUUCAAGAAGCCUUGAGUAGUGCAAAUGGGUAUAAAUUAGAGAAAAAAUGGAACAAAGAUCAUACUCUUCUUUUGCUUCACACUGCUGCUAUGGAUGGAAUAGGUGUGGUGUCUCUCGGCUUUUCUUUAAUGGAUAUCAUGAGUUCCUUCUCUAGUAUAUACUUUCAUGAUGGGGAGUUGUACUUGGCUACUGAAUAUAGGGAUGCACUCACUCAUAGUGGACCUGUAAGCAAUAAUCUUAUGGAACAAACUGGAGAUUCGACAAGUCAGAAAAACAAGUCUUUUUACGAUAUUCUUGUUUUUGUUUUACAGGUGUAUUUAUAUGCUAUUUCUCGUGAGAGAUUAAUUGGUCUUGUUCGUAGGGAUUUCAAACUAGCACUUCCCCUUUUGUUAGUGAUGCUCCUAUCCAUGGUUAUCUCUAUUUCUUUUAUUCUGUUCUUAACUAUAAGAGCAGCAAGACGAGAAAUCUUAUUACGUGCCAAAUUGAUAAAGCAAAUGGAGGCUACUCAACAAGCAGAAAGAAAAAGUAUGAACAAGAGCCUUGCUUUUGCUAGUGCAAGUCAUGAUGUACGUGCUGCUUUGGCAGCCAUUACUGGUUUGAUUGAUUUUUGUUAUGAAGAGGUUCAUCCUAGAUCAAAGUUGACGAUGAACCUGGUGCAAAUUAAUAAUUGUGUACAGGAUCUUUUAGGAAUAUUAAAUUCUAUCUUAGAUACAAGUAAAAUUGAAGCUGGAAAAAUGCAACUUGUGGAGGAUGAAUUUAAUUUGGUAGAACUUUUAGAAGAUGUAGUAGAUGUAUACUAUAAUGCUGGUAUAAAGAAAGGCAUUGAUGUGGUGUUAGAUCCUUGUGAUGACUCUGUUCUCAAGUUCUCUCUCGUUAAAGGUGAUCGUGGAAAACUUAAGCAGAUCCUAAGUAACCUACUUAGCAAUGCUGUAAAGUUUACAACUGAGGGGCAUGUCUCACUUCGGGCUUGGGUAAAGAAAGCAAGCUUAGCAAACUCCGUACUUGAUUCCAAUCAUAAUAGUAUGUGGAAGUGUUUGUCACAGUUGGUUUACAAGAAUAGGAAGGCUUAUAAUGACUUCAAUGUUCUUCAUCCGAUGCAACAGAAUCCAAAUACAAUGGAAUUUGUAUUUGAGGUGAAUGAUACUGGUAAGGGAAUUUCAAAGGAGAAGCAGAGCUAUGUCUUUGAGAAUUUUGUCCAAGUCAAAGAAACAGAACUGGGACAAGAAGGCCAUGGACUAGGACUUGGCAUUGUUCAGUCAUUGGUACGUCUAAUGGGUGGUGAAAUCCGUAUCAUGGAUAAAGAACAUGGUGAAAGAGGCACUUGUUUUAGAUUCAAUGUCUUUCUUAUUAGAUGUGGGCCUACAACUGUUACUAGUACUGGAGAAGAGAAUACAUUACAAAGUAGUCACAUCUCAAAUGAUUUAAAGCAAAACUCCGGGCUACAUAUUCGGCGCCAAACUUCUAAGUUUGAUAGCUCUCAUGUGGUACUCUUAAUUCAAAGUGAUGAGAGGAGAAGAAUCUCUCAAAGGAUAAUUGAAAGCCUCGGCAUAAAAGUGUCCAUUGUUAAUCGAUGGGAACAUCUUUUUCCUACCCUUGAGACUAUUAAACACAGAUUAAACCUCAACCAUCUUAGCUCUUCAGGAAAAUCUGAGUAUGGGUCACCUGUUGAUUACAGAUCUAAGGUACCAGCAAAAGAUAGAAGUGAUUUUAUCCCUACUCGACACAAAAAGUUAAGUUUCAGAAAUACUAGCUUCAUAUUACUUGUGAUUGAUGUUGAUACAGGGCCCUUUUUAGAGAUGCAUUCAGUUAUUGCUAAUUUUAAUGAAGAACUCUAUAAUGCACGUUGUAAGGUUAUCUGGUUAGACAAACCAAUUACUCGUACCUCUCAUGCGCAAGGCCUUCAAGAGGAUAAACUAGUUCAUUAUGAAGAUGUUGUCUCAAAACCACUCCACGGUUCUCGUUUGUAUCAAUUGCUUAGAAUUCUACCAGAAUUUGGGGGAAAUGUCGAAGGUGAUUUGUUGAAACCGAAGGAGGAACCAAUCACACAGAUAAAUUUGGAUCCUGGUCCAUCUACUGGAAAACCUUAUCGCAAAUCUAAAUCACAGCUUAUGCAACCCCAACGUGAGUAUUACUCACAAGAAGGAAAUGAGAAACCCUUGAGUGGAAAGAGAGUAUUGGUUGCUGAAGAUGUUGAGGUUUUGCGCAAAGUGGCUAUUGUUAUUCUUUCUCGUCUUGGUGCAACAGUUGAUUCUUGUGUGAAUGGGGAAGAGGCAUUAGAGCAAGUUUCUAAGGCACUAGCUGAAACAAAUUCAAGUACAAAGGCAGCUGAUAAAACUCUUCCUUAUGAUUUGAUAUUCAUGGACUGCGAGAUGCCAAUAAUGGAUGGGUAUGAAGCAACUACAAUGAUACGCUUGGAGGAGAGGAGGUAUGGUAUUCACAUCCCCAUUGUAGCAUUAACAGCCCAUGCAACAGGGGAGGAAGCAAGUAAGAUUGUUCAGUCUGGAAUGGAUUUUCAUUUAACCAAACCACUAAAAGUAGAUCAAUUGUUGGGUUUACUUCAAAAUAAAAGUUUGUGAAGUCUCUCUCUCUAACAUUUAUGUGUUUUUCC